GUCACGUUCUUUUUACGCAGAGGCUAUGUAUGUGUAGACGUAGCUACCAUCAUCAUCAUCUAGGAAGAACUAUCGUUAGCUAGCGUAACUUUACAUGUUACACUGAGUAAUAAGUGAAGACACGGGAAACAUUUUGGCGAAAUCGUUUUUUUUGGACUUACACGGGGUAAACAUAACCAUGGAGGAACCGGGUGCUGAUAUAGAUGUGACUGUCAAAACUUUGGACUCCCAGAGUAGAAGUUACACUGUAGGUGGACAGUUGACUGUGAAAGAGUUCAAGGAGCACAUUGCCACGUCAGUGGGGAUUCCUGUGGACAAACAGAGGCUGAUCUACCAGGGUCGAGUCCUGCAAGAUGAGAGGACCCUGACAGAGUACAAUGUAGGUGGAAAAGUAAUCCACCUGGUGGAGCGGGCCCCCCCUCAGCCCUCCCAGCCAGGGUCGGGAGGAGCGGAAGCCGGAGCACCGCCCACAUCCACCACCUCCCAGGGAACGUCCCAAGUGCCCCCACACGACCGCAAUGCCAACAGCUAUGUCAUGUUGGGAACCUUUAACCUCCCGGUUAACGUCAUGGAUCCUCAGCAAAUCCAGAUGUCGGUCCAGCAGAUGAUGUCAGGUAUGGGGGAGAACGCUAGGAACGCCAGAGUCAGCACCAGUACUGGGAGCAAUGGUUCCAUGAAUGUGCACAUUGAUGUGGACCAAUCAGUGCAGAGUGAGCCCAGACUGAGACUGCUAUUGGCUGAGAACCUGCUGAGGGACACCAAUGCUCUCAUUCAACGGAUGGAGGGUCAACCAAGUGACACGUCCUCCCAACCAGACUCUGCCGGCGCUACUGUCCCUCCUCCCUCCUCUUCCUCCUCCACCCCCUCUCCCUCCACCCAGCCCAUGGACAUGUCUCCCCCUCCAACCACCCCCCCUCCAUCCUCCUCCUCCUCCACUCAGACAGAGGGAGCCGCCCCAGCUGGACCCAAUCACCCCAGCCCCGCGGAGCUGGUGGAGAUGAUGUCAGAGCUGAGGAGGGUGGAGGAGAGGCUGCAGCCGUUCAUCCAGAGAAUGCACACUAUCCUGGAGACUGCAGCGACUGCAGAAUACGGCAACACUGAGCGGGAGGAGGACCAGCGCAUUCUCAACCUCGUGGGCGAGGCCCUACGUCUCCUGGGCAACGCCCUGGUUGCCCUUAGUGACCUGCGCUGCAACCUAUUGAGUCCCGCCCCUCGACACCUGCAUGUGAUCCGGCCCAUGUCUCACUACGCCUCCCCAGUCAGCAUGCCGGGAGCCAUGCACCAGCACAUCCCAUUGCACAUGAAUCUGGGAGCCACGGUCACCAUGGCGGCCAAUGGCAGGCCUGCCACCGAGGGACAGGCCCAGCCCAGUCAGGCUUCCGGCCAAUCGGAGCAGCAAGGUCAGGGACAGACCUCUCCCUCACAGCCUCCCCCGUCCAAUCAGCAGGCUGGACAGGGACAGCCUGGCCACCGGGUCAUCAGGAUCAGCCACCAGACAAUGCCGGUGGUCAUGAUGCAGAUGAACACGGACGAUUCUGGUGCACCUCAGCCAGCUGGACAGCCGAACGCCGCCGGUCAGCCUGGUUUCCAGAUGCCCUCCGGGGUCCAGAUGAACCCUGACUUCAUGCAGUCCAUCAUGCAGCAGAUCGCCCAGUACACCGAAGCCGUAGCUGUGGCUGCCGCCACCGGGGGCGCCAUGGCUGGCCAAGCCCCCCAGCCCACACCGCCUGGCUCCACUGCCACCUCGUCCUCCACCAGUCCCGGCACCCCUACAACCACCCCCACGGCCCCACCUCCGCCUCCUCCAGGGGCCUCCCAGGCCAGGGUGGUGUUCACCCGUCCCGCCUUCGCGCCCAGGAUCCCUCAGCCAGCCUUUGGCACCCGUGGGGCCACCAUCAACCUGAGGGCCACUGUGCCCCCAAUGAUGGGCCAGCAGCCAGGACAGGCCUUCCCUCCUGCUGCUCUCAAUCAGAUGAUCAGUGGACUGGUUGGACAACUCUUGAUGCCUGGACAAAUGGCUGGUCAGACAGUGACCCCCGCUGCUCCUCAUCCCUUCUCAUCAUCCUCCACCUCCUCCACCACCUCCUCUGGCCCGAUUCCCACCCCUGCCAGUGGCACCAAUGUCCCCCCUGGCCAGCUUGGGUCUGCCCCCACCGUGACCCAGGGAGCGCCUCCUGAUCUGGCCCAGCUCUUAGGCUCCCUACUGGGUACAGCAGGUGUGGCCCCUGGGGCCAUGGGGCCUGGAGUGCCCCCCCCCAUCACUGUGACCUUGCCAGGAGGGCCUGCCUUCAUCCAGGGAGUGUCUGACUUCAUGCAGGCCUCCGGACCAGUAUUUCAACCAGCCCCUACUGGUGCCCAGCAGCCUCCUGCCUCUGGCAUCCCCACCCCUCCACCUACAGCCAACCCUUCCCCUGCCACGCCUAACCUACCCACGGGGGAUGGCGCCGGAGCUCAGGGAGAGGCCCUAAACCCGGAGCUGUUCACAGGGAUCGUCCAGGGGGUCCUGUCCACCAUGAUGGGGUCCCUGGGCUCACCUCAGAGCAACACAGAGAGUAUCGCCCAGUUCAUUCAGAGGCUCUCUCAGACCAGCAACAUCUUCACACCCAGCACCGGCGAUGCCAUGGGUUUCUUUGGCGAUCUGCUGACCCUGGUGUGUGAGAACUUCUCCAUGGUGGACCUGGUCCUGCUGCUUCAUGGUCAACACCAGCCCCUGGGUCGCAUCCAGCCCCAGCUGGCUCAGUUCUUCACCCAGCACUACCUCAACGGGAGGGAGCCCACCGACCAGAACAUUGCUGCCGCUGCCGACAGUCUCAUCAAUGAACUUGAGGAGUACAUUACUGAGAGCUUUUCUUCAGUGGCCGUGUUGGAAGGCGUUGACAUAACUCGGACCAAUCUGUCCUUCUUCAGACAGCAGCUGACGCGCAUCGCCACCCACAUGCUACGCUGUACAGAUCACACGUUUGGGCCCCGACUGCUGCAGAUGAGCAACCAGGGUCUGUUCGAAUGUCUCGCCCUCAACCUGUACUGCCUGAGAGGAGAGCAGAGUGCCCUCACCUCCGUCAUCAACCACCGCAUAAGGAGGAUGUCUGCCGACAUGAACCCCAGCCUGGUCAACUGGCUGACCAGCAUGAUGACCAUGAGGUUGCAGGUCAUCCUGGAGCACAUCCCUGUCACCCAGGACCAGAUCCAGCAUUACGUCAUCCCCACCCAGCAGGGGGAUUCUAGCGUGCAGGAGCCUGAACGUGGCCAAACUAUGGAGAUGGAGGACAGCUCCUCCCCGGCCCCGGCCACCACGGCGGAGGAAGCCAUGUCUGGGGAGACCAGGGAGAGGCCUGGGGAAACGGGGACCAGCGGAGGGGCUGCGCCAUUGGCUGUCGCCAUGGCAGCGGCCGAAGCCAGCGGGAGGGAGGAGUCUGGUAGAGAAACUGAGGCAUGGACAGCUGCUGUCCCUCCUGAGUGGGUGCCCAUCAUCAGACAUGACCUCAUCAGCCAGAGGAAGAUGAAGGCCCAGCCUCCCAUGUCUGAUGCCUAUUUACAUGGGAUGCCUGCCAAACGCAGGAAGACAGGACAAGGGGACGGAGCCCUCCUCUCCCUCUCCGAUUCAGUGAGCAGGGCAGCGAGGACGGCAGGCGUCAAGCCAGUUACUACCCCGGAACACCUGCAGGAAGAGCUAAACAGCCACGAGCUUCAGGAGGCCUACUCAGAGCAGAUGAAGAAAGACAUAAAGAAGCGAGUGAGAGAAGACCCUGACUUCAACACUCAACAGUUCCCCAACACACACAGAGCUUUUUCUUCAGACUCAUAACCUGACCACAGCUGCUUUGCCUUGUACAAUUUUACACAAACCCAACCUGUACACAUCCUGCCCUUUUUAUCACUCUGUAUGACAGAAUGCUGUUUUACCUCUACCAAAAUGUUAUACCAUAGACACCUUAGUAUUUCCUUUUUAAAUUCCUCCUAUGAUUUAUUUUUCCAGUGCCUAUUUAUUGUUUUUGUUCCUUUUUGUUUUCUGUCCUCCCAGUCAUGGAAUACUUAAUGUUGGUCAGAUGUUUGUGUUUCUGUUAGCCUCCCUGGGGAAAAAAACAGCUUUUUAUUUCAAGUGUAUGCUUUCAUGGGAUGAAAAAUAAUUGCUGUUUGGUACAUGAAUGUAAAAGUGUGCUGAAUAAAGAACUUGAUACAAAUUAGAAA